UUCUUGUAACGACUAGUAAGUUCAAUUUUCCAAUAGUUAAUUGAUUAUUGCAUUCUUGAAACGACUAGCGGGUCCAAUAUUCAAAUAACCAAUUCAUUAAUUUAAUCUUGAGGGGUACGCUUCACUUGGUUUGACUGUAGUCUGACGCAGCGCAGUUGCAACAGACAGUGAACUCCCCGGCGCAUUGAAAGCACAACUCCAUUUCGGAGCGGACAUUGAUUACUUCGAGAAACUUUCUAAUUACUCUUCCGGCGCUGGGGUGGUUAAACUAAACAAAGGAAUUAAGUGAGCCAUGAAACCGCUUUGUGGCAGGACCGUUAAAGGUGUCAUCCAAUGGGUGUAUUUUAUCGGAUUUGUAAACUUCACCGCACAAUUGCUUCGCAGCUUGCAUCAUUAUCAUUUGUGCAAAGAAGCUGAUGAUAAAUCGGACUGUACAACACCACUCUUGAUCGACGUGGGAGUAUACGCUGGGGCUCCUCUGUUUUUGUAUAUUGCUUUUAAGCUAAUACGACGAGGCCUGGUAAGACGAUUUAUGAUUAAUUUUUAUCACAAUGUACUCAAUAUCUUAAGCAACAAACCCAAAUGCGAUGUUCUCACUCGAAAAGAGAGGAUUAAUCUUCGACUUNUUAAUUUGUUCGACAUUGAUGAGAAGGAGCUGCAGAUUCUUGCCAGAAAGAUUGAGAGGAUUAUAAAAGACCCGGCACCAUUCAUCUUUGACGACGGAUGCUGUUGCCUUUCAGCAUGUUGCUUGCGCGUACCGCAAUACAACUUCACUCGCCGAAGCAGUCAGCAGUUCUUUGCCGACUAUGAGGAAGUUACCAUCUCUGUCGACGGAGACGUGAUCCCUCAAGUUCAAGAUCCUGUGACUCAGCGAUUCCUAGACACUGCGACGUGUGGGGCUCGAAGUAAUAGCAGUUCCCAUCCAACAGACGAAGAGAGUCUUCAAACCACUGUAACGCCUCAACAGCUUGUUGUCUGCCUCCCUCCAACAAGUAAUACCGAACGUGAGUGCAGACAUCGUCAAGCUGAACCGUUUCACGAGGAAAUACCAUUAUCGGUAUAUCUCCCGCCCAUUUAGAACAUCAAGUCUUCGUAGACGGUAGGAAUGGCUCGUUGUUUUCACUUAACAAUCAUACUUAAGAAGAACUCAACCUGACUAGAUGUGCAAUGACUACUGACUAAGGCUUGAUGGAUAUUUUCCCGCUUUCAGAGCUCCCAUGCAAUUCAAAUGUAAAUUACAAUCGAUGUUCAACUGAUUUGCAUUUACAAGUUGAUAACUGAGAGCAAAACAAAGUUUUUUUCCCUCUACAAGUGCUAAGUUUUUUUGUUAGUCUUAGAACGAGUCUUUAAAAAUUAAUCUAGUCGUUCUUAGAAAGCUUCUUUAUUGAGAAAACGGAAUUUGGUUGAGUUUAUCUUAAAGUUAUGAUUCGAGAACACCCUUAUAUUUUCACCAUUUCAUUUUGGUAGCUUUCAACAAAUUGGUAGACGGUAAACAAAAAUAUAUAUAUAUAUAUUCGAUGCACUUUAUAUAUCGCGUGUCAUGUUAUCAUGUUCUCAGGAUAACCCUGUAGAAUGUCAGCAGGGGACUUUGGAUUUCUAACCAUUGUUAGUCGUCGUCUAUGGAAGUACUCAACGCGGCUGAGGACAUUGCCCAAAUGAAUCGUCUGCGAAGGCAUUAUCAGUAUGGGUAGACAUUCUACCCCUUCAGAACGUUCAGCCCUGUUACGAGACCAUGAAUGGAUCUCCUUUUUCUGUUAAGAGCCAUACUAAAGAGGUACCCUACCUGAUUUUCUAUAAGUCUUCUGUAAGAUUAGAUGCAUGUUUCUCUUUAAAUGUUCCUUACUCGAAAGCAAAUUAUAAUCAGAGUCCACUAGACUUGUAAUUAAGUUAAUAAGGGGAGCGAUUUUUGUCUACCUCAGACUAGUAACAUUUUUAUUAUUCUUAGAAUGACGCUUCUUCAAGAAUAGACCUGUUUUUAUAAAAAAAUAAGAAAACUGAACCUUGCCGACAUUUUAACUAACAACGGCAAUUGCUGUAAUCUUUGUAGCCAAUAGAAUUAUUUUAAUUUUUUACAAUUUUAUCUUGUAUAUAAGCCAACAUAGGAUUACAUACGCAUACUCAUUUAGUUUUUAUCGUUUUUCUGUAAAAAUCUAAAUUUUAUUAGUACUGUGUGUCUUAGGUAUUGCAUUUCUAUUAGUGUCCCCAAUUAGCCUCUAGGCUAAAUACAUUGACACUCAAAUAAUGGUUUUACUUAACUUUACUUUGCGCGAAAGGAAAAAAACCCGCAACGACUAAAAGAUUUUUUUAUCACUCGCGUUUGUAUAUGCUUUUGUUUACCAAUCGGCAUAACUUUUCACCUGUUUGAGGAAUCCAAAUUUUUUAAUCAAAUAAAAUUCUUGCAAAUAACUGUAUUAGAAAGACGAUAAAAGGAAAUAAAAAGGCAUUUUUUUU